GCUGAACGAAAGUACGCCCUAUUGACGCUACACCUUUGAUAAAAUCGCCAUCUCGCCAAGUAUGGGAUUUUCCUAGAGAGUCCAAGGAUGCAAGCACAAUUGCGUUUCGCUACAGUGAUCCAAGAUACAUGCAUACAGUCAAGUGUAGAGUCACAGCACCUCGCAGAGAGACUGAAUCUCAUCUUGAGAUAAGUUUGCAUAGUGGAGCUUCAUAUGAAGACACGAGGUACGCCUCCAUCACCGUUACACCAAUCAUGCACCCUAUCGUCAUACCCACCGUCCUCGACAGAAUACCAUCUCAGCGCCCGUCUUCACAUCUCCCAAAAUGGAUCUUAUUGAGCAGUCGCUUACUGCAAUACAUCCCCGACUCCAGGCUCGACUGGUUUCAGUUUUCUCAUUCGCUAACCCCCUCCCUGUUGGAGCUGGAGAACGGCGCUGUAUUGAAUGACACGGCGGGAGAUAACAAGGAUAGGAUGGUCUACGAUGUAGAUAUCAGUCCAUGGACGCUAGUCUCGGACACCGCAGAUGCUACCGAGCACUACGUUCAAAGAACUAUCGUCGCGGGUACCAACCACCAUGGAAUAAAUAGUCCCCAUACCUGGACCCCCGAGAAGCUAGAGUGAGGUUCACAUCAGUUCUUUUUACAAAACCUCUUAUCCCGAUUAUAAUGUACCAGGCGCUGCGUGAUUGAUCCAUGAUUAUUCUUGAAUGACGUGUAUUAUCUCCGUCGUGAAUGAGAAUCAGUGCAU